AUGCCACGCACCAACCUCGAAACCUGGAAGACCAAGCUGCCCACGGACCUGUGGAACCACCUGGCGAGAGCACGAGGAGCGCAUUUGAAUUCGAUGGAAGUGUUCCCGCUUUUUGCCGCUGCGAUGGUGGCGGGUAAUGUCGCGCAACUGCCGGCGAGAGAUAUGAACUCCAUGGCUUUGUCGUUCUUCGCCGCACGCACGCUGUACAUGGGGUUGUAUUUGGCGGUAAAGAGCGAUACGCUGGCGUAUGCGAGGACGGGCGUGUAUGCUUGGUCGAUUUCGAUUCCGAUUAUGGGGUUGUGGAAGGCUGGACAGGUGCUUGCGAGGGACUGA